UUUUCAAUAAAAAAAAAAAGGAAAAAAUGGGCUUUAUAGUGGAAAGAGUGAGAAGACCAGUUCGCUGAGAUCACCUUCCGUUAUACAAACAGAGGCUCGUUCGCUUGCAUCUUCGCCGCGACGCUAUACACCCACCGUCUCCGGCACUCUCGUCUCCCAACAACAAUCAAUCAGAGAGUCAUGUCUAGUAGUAAAGCUGAAGAACUUGUAAAUGAGCAAGCAGUUGCAAAUAAGUUUGCUGCCAUGAGGUCCGAACUCAACCAAAUUUACUCUAAAAUCACUGAGCUAGAGAUGGACGUGAGUGAGCACUCAUUGGUGAUCAAUGCCAUCCAGCCACUCGACCCAUCCAGGCGGUGCUUCCGAAUGAUUGGAGGUGUGCUGGUGGAGAGAACCAUAAAGGAGGUCCUGCCUGCUGUGCAGCGUAACAAAGAAGGGAUUGAGGAGGUUAUUACUCGGCUGAAUGAGGCUUUGGAAAGGAAGAAAAAAGAUAUUUCUGACUUUGAGGCUAAGUACAAGAUCCGGAUAAGAAAGAAUGACAGUGAGGAGAAGGAUGAUGGUGCUCGCAAAGAAGGAACUGCUCAAGGAGUCCUGGUCGGCCCUGCUGGUGGAAGCGAAUGAAUGAUAAAGCUCUUCCACCACACUCAUCUUGUUUUCUGAAACCUGUUAAAUGUAGUGUGCUUUCAAGUGUACUAGGUGUGCUAGGGAUUUGGGGUUUAUGGUCCAGACUAGUAGAAUAUUACAACUCUUGCACUGAAUCAAUGACUUUGUAUUUGUAACCUUUAAUUAUGCGGUUCUUUCUUUUAGGAAGGAUUAAGGAAAAACAAGAACAAUCAAUUCAAAAUUA